CAACCCACCUAACCAGUAGUCCGGCGGACCACCAGUUCACCAGCCCCCAGAGCGACACGACCCUCGCCGCCGGCUUCGCGACCUCAACUCCGAGCGCCGCCUCCCCCUCGAAAACUCAUCUCCCGCGCUGCGCCCAGGCCGCCAACCGGCGUGCCGCGUGUGGACCUCUCGCUCCAUAGACCGACACCGCCCGCCCGCUGCCGCGAUGGCUGCCGCUUCUUUUCCACCAGCAUCUUCCUCAGGCGGCUGGGACUUCACCUGUAACUUUGAAGUUGAUUAUGGGUCUGAGGAACAAGCCUCCAUAAUCUACAAAACAUUAGCAGUUGACAAGGAGUUGCAGCCUGACAAGGUCAAGAGGGAGAUGACUCUAUCAGGCAGCAAGCUUGCCGUGCACUUUGCAGCAGUAGAGGCCCGGUUUCUGCGAGCAUCCUUCAGCGCAUUUGUUGAUCUGAUGGGACUUGUGACGAAGCUUGUCGAAGAAUAUGGUGUGGCCAAGGAAGGGCAUUCUUGAAGAACAAUCUCAUGCACGGCACGCUUGUGAGCACUUUGGAUAAUCUGUACCAGUGGAAAUGCUUUUAGGUUUGGCAAGCUAAGGUAUCAGUGUAUUUGCUCUUGAUUAGUCCAGCCCUAUUUAGAACAGUGAAUUUUUUUUCUGCAUAUUCAUGUGAAUUCAACUUUACAGCAUUAAUGUGAAAUCCACAGAUAAGAACAGGUCACAUCCCGUUGUGUA